AAUGAAGAGAAACAAAAAAAUUUUCAACCAACAAAUAAAAGCUUAAACUUAAGCAAUAAUUAAGUGUAAUUAAUUAUUAAAGUACAUAUACAUAUUAAUGCAAUACUAAAUGGCUUAGUGAACACAAUAAACAAAAUAAAAUUAAAAGUUUAAAUUAUUAUAUUAUUCUUAUAAAACCAAAUGCCAAAAAGUGAGUGGUCCACAAAAGCAAUAACAGAAUUAUAGGAAAGGUUUUUUUUUUCACAAAAGUGUUUAAUUAAAAAUAGUAAAAAUAAUAAUCAAAAAAUGCUUUAAAAUUGUUUUAUUAAGUUUCGGUGGUUCAAUUUAAUCUACAAAAAGAACCUGUUUAAAAACCAACUAUUUCUUUACUUUGUUAGACCUUAAUUCUACACAAUUGCAAAACAAAACAAUGACUGUACAAAGUAAAAUGACAAAUGCGGCGGUACUAUGUACCUGUCAACAGUUCCAGCAUCCCUGGACUGAUAAAUGUGUUAAUGCCUCAGCUGGUUUAAUAUUUGCCUCAACGCCCUAUUGUUUAAGAGUCUAUUCCAUGGUAUAUUUGCUUUCCAUGAUAAUGCGUCACAAAAUACCCAGUGUGAAGGAUUUACGUAAAAUGGUAAUGGGCAUUUUACAAUCCACAGCAUUUUUAGUAACAAAUGCUUAUACUUUUAUAAUGUUCAAUUGUCUGUUGCGCAAUAUGUUGGGUCGUUACUAUUUCUCCACUGUGGCCUUUUGGCCCUGUUUCUUGGGCAGUUUUAGUGCAAUUUUAGUGGAAAGACCACAAAGACGUCCUCUCUUGGCCCUGUAUGUGGCCAAUGUGGCUACCGAGACUUUGUGGAAUAUGGCUGAGUCACGUGGCUGGGUUAAGUCCAUACCCAAUGGCCAGGUUUUGCUAUUCGGUGCUAGUAUCUCGAUUUUAUUAUAUUUAUAUAGAUUAGGUUUACAUAAAACUUCCUGCCGUGAUUCUUUAUUUGAUAUUUUACGUAUAUUUGUGGGCAAAGCAGAAGAGGGUCCACUGAAGCCAACAGAAGUAAGUGAUAGCACAGAUGUGCCACAAACAAACAGAUCUAGACCGCCAGUUAAUUUGAAUACCAUCAAUGGUUGGGUACAAGUUUAUAGUCGACUUGUAGAUAAACUAAAAGGCAAACAUGCCAGCUGUCCUCAUCGAUCGAGUUGUGUUCAUAAUGCUGUGAUGGGUGGUUUAAAACCCAUGGUGGGUGGCAUAGGUUUACAGGUGGCCUUGAAGCUUUUGUUGAAUGUUAAGAGAAUCGCUCAGAACAAAGUGAACUGGAAGAAGACGAUAUUUAAUAAGCAGACUUUAAAUUUGGGUCUAUUUUUGGGCUCAUUUUCGUUUUUGUAUAAGUCCGUUUCCUGUGGCCUUCGUCAUAUCUUCAAUCGUGAUGAUCCUCGUUUUGCCAUACCAGCUGGUAUGGUAGGCAGCAUUAGCUUUGCCUAUUAUCCCGAUGUUACAGUAGCUUUAUAUGUCAUGUGGAAAAUGCUGCAGGUUGUUUACAAUUUGGGCAUCGAUAAGAAGAAACUUCCCCACAUACCAGGCUUUACUAUGUUCUUAUAUGCCUUCUGUACGGCUGUGUUAUUCCAUGCGGGCAUUUUGGAGGCUCGUAAUUUAAGACAAAGUUAUUUCAAAUUCCUGCAAGACAUAUCAGGUGGAAGAUUGAGUAAAUUCGAUAUGGUGCCUUUAGAUGUUUAUGGCUUAAAUUCCAGUCAACAUAAAGCUGACGUUUUAAGACGUUUAAAUAUUAUCGAUAAAAGUCCCUAUCCCGCUUUUCCUUUGGCUAAAUGGUAAUUAUAAAUUAAGCUUUAACUUUCAUUAGAAUCCUUUCUUUUGUAAUUUAUUGUAAAUAUUAAAAGAUUUGGCGCGGGUGUGGUUUAAAUAUUUAGUAAUUUCUAAAAAAAAAUCAAAAUUUUUAUAAAAGAAAAUUUGGAUUUUUAUGUUUAAAAAACUGAACGUAAUUUGAAAAUGUUUAUUUCUUUUUAAAAAAGAAAUUAACAUUUUUUUAAAAUUUAUUCGUAAUUGUUAACUUAUAAUAAUUAGUAGAUUUUUUUUUUGUAUUUUAUAACCAACCACCUUGUAAAAGAAACAUUUUAAGUUUUAGUUUUAUAUAUAUUUUUUAUACGGCUUAGAAAAAAUAAUUAUUAAAAAUUUUAUUUAAACAA